CCGCCCCGCGCGCCCCGCCCUGCGGGCUCGGAACUUGCAUGGGGCGCCGCCGGUAGCCGAGGGAGCGUGACUGCGCUGCGCAGGGCGCUAGGAGGCAUUCUCGCCGCACAGGCCCCUUUGUGAGCAGCAGACCGGCCUGGGGGCUGGCAGCGGGACACCCCAGUCUGCAUGCUGAAGAAGAUGGGUGAGGCCGUGGCCAGAGUUGCACGGAAGGUCAACGAAACCGUGGAGAGCGGCUCUGACACUCUAGACCUGGCCGAGUGCAAGCUGGUUUCCUUCCCCAUCGGCAUCUACAAGGUCCUGCGGAAUGUCUCCGACCAGAUCCACCUCAUCACCCUGGCUAACAACGAGCUCAAGUCCCUCACCAGCAAGUUCAUGACCACGUUCAGUCAGCUCCGAGAGCUCCACCUGGAGGGGAACUUCCUGCACCGCCUGCCCACUGAGGUGGGCAGCCUGCAGCACCUCAAGGUCAUUGACCUGUCUCGGAAUCAGUUUCAAGACUUCCCCGAGCAGCUCACCACCCUGCCCUCGCUGGAGACCAUCAAUCUGGAGGAGAAUGAGAUCGUGGCAGAUGUGCCCGUGGAGAAGCUGGCCRCCAUGCCCGCCCUGCGCAGCGUCAACCUCCGCUCCAACCCUCUGAAUGCCGAGGUGCGCGUGAUCGCCCCGCCACUCAUCAAGUUUGAUAUGCUCAUGUCUCCAGAGGGUGCACGGGCCCCUCCACCUUAGACCACCCUCCUCAUUACCAUCCCAGGGACAGAGGCCAUUGGCCUGUCACCUGAAAGGAGGGAGGCCCAUGGGAGGCUAAGCUGGGGGGCUGAGGGUGGGUAGGCCAAACAGAGUAUGGCGGGAGUGGGGUGCAGCGAGUCCARGAUAGCUAGUUUAGAGCAGUAGAGGCCCUAGAGCAUUGAGAAGGAGGAGACUGAGUGGGGGCUGGAGCCUGGAUAGUGGGCACACAGCUGCUGUGCAAACUUGGGCAGAUCCCCUACCCUCUCUGAGCCUUGUUGCUUGGGAAGAGGGAUCCUAGCAGAGGGCUUUGGCCUCCUUUAGAGUUCUUGGAGGUUUUAGCUUCAAAUCACCAGGCGCCCUCUGAGCCUGCAGAUGAGUGCAGCUGAGCAUCUUCUGGGCCUCCKUGGGCUGGAGGCCUUGUUUCUAGUGCUGAGAGCCAAUGGCUUCCCUGAGAGGAGUGGAAGACAACCCUCCACCUGCUGCUUCCUGAGAACUGAGGAUGAAGCCUUUCGCCAUGCCCCUCCUCCACCUGGCUCCCUGGGCCAGCAGGAGCCUGAGCUGGAGACCCGGGAAGGCCGUGGCCUCGAACAGGGCAAGACAUUCUGCAGACGCCAUGCACCCUGAGGAUGGACCCUGGGGAGAAAUCCGGGCAGCUCUGUCCUUCCUUGUGAUGAACACUGAGUGGGCAGGAAGUUCUGAGCACUCCACACCUCCCCGGGGGAAGGACUGUCCAGCUGUGCCUGGUCCUCACCCCUGAGCUGCAGGAGAGGUGGCCCAGGGACAACAAUGCCAUUUGUCUGUGACUAUGGUCCGAGUAAUUAGCUGCCCCCCCCCCCCAUGGUCUCUCUCCCUUGUCAUGGCCCCUUGGGGGCAGAAGACACUGCGGAUCGUUGGCUCCAGAGCUACCACCCUGCUGACCUAGCCAUUGUGAGGUCCUCACCUGGAGUCUAGGGUUUGGCCAGGCAGUAUGGUGACCAGCCAUCCUGGCUUGUCAGGGACUGAGGGUUUCCUGGGAUGUGGGGCUUUCAGUGCUAAAACUGGGGCAAGUCGAGUUGGCAGGCCCCCCACCUGGGGCUCUUGCUUUCUGGUAAACAGUGCUUUGGAGAACCCCGACUUCCUGAUGCCCCAGGUGGCUACAUCUCACUUUCUCAUGGGAGGAGCAAGGGCUUCCCCAGAGCCCACCUGCUCUGCACCUAGGUGUGGAUCUGUGCAGACCCCUGAGGCCUUGGGCAGAGCUGGGCCACUUUACCACACCUACAGUCCGGCUCUCCAGAGGUCUGACCACCAGUCAGAGCAGUAGCCUGUCUCAGAGGCGCCCCAUGUGCUUCCCUCUUCCAGGUCUCCUGUCUUGGCAAGGAGCUGACAUUGUUGGUCACUGAAUACUUAGUGUCCCAAGAGAGAGACCUUGUCCAUUCUGCUCWUAUCUCAAGGCCUUCCUGUCCUUCUGAAAGAGGGUUUCCAGGGCUGCUGAGUUCAGCUGUGGACGCUGGGCAGGUGGGGGCUACAGUGCAGCCCGGGCUGGGCUGCCCCCCUCCCCCUGUGCUCUGGAGCCUCUCUCCUGGUGGAAGAGGCCAUCUCAUGGCCAGAACCUUGCACUGCGAAGCAUGAUCUGAGGGCCAGCAACGGCUGCAUCACCUGGGAGCUUGUUUGCAACGCAGGAUCCCGGGCCCACCCCAGUCUUCCUGCAGCAGAAUCCRCAAUUUAACAAGAUUCCCAGCUGAUUCCUACAACUAUGUUUGAGAAAUGAGGGCCUAGGGGUGACCCUGGGCAUGUCCUUGGGUUGGAGGGCAAAGGCUUUCUCGGUUCUCCCCUGCCAYCCCCAGGGAUGUGAGUCUGGGCUCAGCCUCCUUCAACCCAGCYCUGGGAGACCCGUAGCCUCUUGGAUCUCUCCAGAGUCUGCACGACACUCCCUUUGAAGGGGGUGAUCGCAUCGCCAGGAGAUGAGGGYUGGGCGUGCGUGGCCACCUGGAUCCUACCCCUGGUUCACCCCUGCAUGCCAGGCGGCCUGCUCCAGGUCCUAUCCCYGGCCCUGUGAGAGGCUGCUUCCGGAAGUUCCUUCUACUCUGCUUGGACAGCAUGCCCUUGCCUCCCUGGGAAAGCCUGGGCAGUCGGAGGAGCUCCCAAAUCCAGGCUCACGGUGUGGGCGAGCCCUUAGCUUCAGUCUGCAAUAAAGAACGUGUUGGCUC